CGCGCGUUUCAGAGGAAUCGGCGGCGUGGACGGACUGUCGUACACGGCUGGCGAUCAGUUGCAAUGCAGCGAGUGGGCGGCUGGCGGGCCGCGGUGGUGGUGGUGGUGGUGGCGGUGGUGUGUUUAGUGGACACCUCCAGGGCCCUCACCUUGCCAGGCAUGGACAAGGCAUGCGGGAAUCUCGGGCCUGGAGAGUGCAUGGCGCGAGUCAGCAAGUGCAAGAUGGUCGGUGAAUUAGCUAAAGGCAAGGGGGGAUACGUGAAACCCGUGCUAGACUGCGCCACCACGCUUGGAAUCCCAAAAAUGCAGGUUGUCGGCGUGAUAGGACCAGCCUUCUCCGCGGGCCAACCGGAGACGAUCGUGGACAGGAUCACCAAUGACAGCGCCAUAUCGGCUCAGCUCCACCAGUGCGUCAACCAGGCUAACGGUUUGAUUGGAAUGGACGGCACCAUCGCACGCCAGGCUAUGGUCAACAAGCUUAUGGCAAGAGGCGUGUACACCCAUCCCACCAUUAUUGACAACGUGGCAGCUGCUCUUGCCCAGUGUCCCGAGCCUCCCCCUUCGCAGGUCGGGCAGUUCCUGGAGUGUGUGAGGGCCACGUGUAUCCAACACAUGCCACCCUCCGUCUCCGCGCUGCCAACUUUCGCUCUGGAGGACGAGAAGGAUGACGACGACAAGGAUAAGCACAAGAAGUGUAAAGGAAAGAAAUGCAAGAAGCACUGAUAAAAUAACGUAGGAAUGGCGCUUACAUGUAUAUUUCCUACCCAUAUGUGUAUGUUCUGAGCAUCUUGUGUGUUAUGAAUGCUUUGUGGUUUUUGUUGUCUUGGUGUGGUGAGGUGUCUGAGGCAGCGCCAGAAGAGUUAUGUAGGAGGGGAGCCAAGGGUGACAGUCUGGUCAAUACAGAAUCCAGCAGCAGGGCGUCUUGGCACCGGCGAGAUGAAUGUAUCAAAUGAGAUGCAUAUUAUGUGCUGGAAGGGAGGAAGAGGUGGCUGAGGGAGAAGUAAUGGCUGGGUGAUGAUGCGCUGAGUACACACAGAUCUGAUGGUCAGGGACACCAUCUCUUAUCUCUACUGCUUUUAAUGAAGUCUAGUGGAAGUUAAUUGGAUAUUUAAUUAAGAGUGUUUUCGUGAUUACAGUGAUAGUAUGACAAAGAGAGUGGAAGUUAUUGGGGGUUUUUAAGAGUAUUUUCGUGAUUACAGUGACAGUUUGACAAGGAGAGUUGAAGUUACAGGGGUUUUUUAAGGGUGUUUUCAUGAUUAUAGUGAUAGUUUAUACAAGAUUUUGCACACCCAACGAAAAAAAAUAAAAAUAUAUAAAUAUCUCAUAAGAAUCUAAAAAAAAUAGUUUGUAAGACUCUUAAAAGUUCCCGUGAGAGCCCAAAUAAUUAUUACCACUAUUAUGCAAGUCUUUUCCUUUUACACACAAUUUGCAAAGAACAGUACAUAUAUUAGUGUGUGAAUAACCCCUACACCACACUUGUAUCCACGACCAGGUUCUUGAGGGAAUGAGCUGUUUAAUGACAGACUUAUGACUGCCGCGCCUUCAACAGUGUACCCAGAUUGAUGCUUCCAGGGAUAAAAUUAAGUAGUAUUAUAAUGUCAUGCUCAGGAAGUCGUUUCAGUAAAUUUACCGUUCUUGCUACUAAUUAUUUAUCUCAGGCUUUCACAUAAAUUAAUGGUUGAUCUUAUGAGAAACAAACGAAACUGCGUCAACCAAAGUAUCAGAAGUGUUCGCAUUUUUUUUUUUUUUUUUUUUUUUUGAGUGUGUCUUAUCUCGACGACUUUACAUAGGUUCUAGGAGGAGUGAUUAAGAUUUCAAGGAUAUUUUUCAUGAUUCUAGUGAUAUUUUUUAACCAUUAUACGUCGUCAGCAGGACCAACAACGCACAAUAUUAGAAUCAAAGCUUUCAUUUCUGUGGUCUUUGUGGUCUUUAUGAGAGUACAAAGAGAUUUAAGUCUUCAUGGGUGCCUACAGCCUUUCAAAAUUCGAAGCUAGAUUACUGAAUGCCUACUGAGCACCCUCCCCAUCCAAGGACGAACUGCAGGAACGAUAAGCCAGACACAUUAAUACUCGUGGCUCAUCGUAAAGUAAGGUACCCAAGGCAAGACUCCUCAUCCACAUAUCACUGACACGCGGCAAGUCAAUCUUAGAAUGGCGCUCGUCUUAAGAGAUAUAAACUCAGACAUUUUUAAUUUCCAUCAUCAUCAUCCUCAUCAUUAUGAAGUGAUCGUGUCUUGCUGUCUUUUUCCUGGUCAUGAUUUGUUAUUGUUUUAUUUCAUAUGGUUCGAUUUUAUUUAUUUAUUCAUUUACCUAUCUAUCUAUCUAUCUAUCUAUCUAUCUAUCUAUCUAUCUAUCUAUCUAUCUAUCUAUCUAUCUAUCUAUCUACUUAUCUAUCUUUUUUUAUGUAAGAGGGUCACUGAGCAAGGGAAACAAAAAAGAAUAAGAGGAAAAAAUAUCCCACUGAGGUGCCAGUCCCAAAAGAGAUGUCAAGAGAAUGUCAAGAGAUGUCUUAAAACCUCCCUCUUGAAAGAUUUCAAGUCAUAGGAAGGAGGAAAUACAGAAGCAGGCAGGGAGUUCUAGAGUUUACCAGAGAAAGGGAUGAAAGAUUAAGAGUACUUGUUAACUCUUGCAUUAGAGAGGUGGACAGAAUAAGGAUGAGAGAAAGAAGAAAGCCUUAUGCAGCGAAACCACAGGAGGAGAUAAGGCAUGCAGUUAGCAAGAUCAGAAGAACAGUUAGCGAGAAAAUAGCGCCAGAAGAUAGCAAGAGAUGCAACACUGCGGCGAUGAGAAAGAGGCUGAAGACAGAGGAGUUGAUAACACGAAAAGCUUUUGAUUCCACCCUGUCUAAAAGAAUGGUAUGAGUGGAACCGCCCCAUCCAUCUAUCUAUCAAUUAUUAUUAUUAUUAUUAUUAUUAUUAUUAUUAUUAUUAUUAUUAUUAUUAUUAUUAUUGUUAUUAUCAUUAUUAUUAUCAUUAUUAUUAUCUUCAUUAAUACUAUCAUCAUUAUAAUUUAUAUAAGAGAGGAUUCUGACCUAGGGCAACAAAAGGGCAGAAAAAAAAGUCCCACUGAAGGCGCCAGUCACGAAAGAGUGUAAUCAGAAUUAGAAUCAAAUAAAUGUUUUCUUCCUUUUUUUUCCCAAACUGUGGCACAUAACGCUGUUAAUUAAGCUUUCAGAGAGGAAGACAAUAAGCAGGUGUGAUUGUA